AUGUCUCCAAAUAUGGAGCCAAAGUGUGACCACUGUGCAACCGCACAAGCAGUGAUUUAUUGCAAAUCAGAUUUGGCUAAACUUUGCCUAAACUGCGACAUCCACGUACACUCUGCGAAUCCUCUGUCUCGCAGGCACACACGAUCUUUGAUCUGCGAGAAAUGCUUCUCACAACCAGGCGUCAUCCGCUGUCUAGACGAAAAGGUUUCACAUUGCCAAGGAUGUCAUUGGCAUAACUGCUCUUGUUUAGGACACAGACUUCAGAACCUGGAUCCUUUCUCUGGUUGUCCUUCUCCAACGGAAUUUGUCACAAUGUGGUCUUCAAUUCUUGAACCUUCUGUCUCCGGUUUGGUUAGUCCGUUUGUUGGUUCUUUGCCCUCAAAUGAUCCAAACAACGCCGUGUUCGGGAUGGCGAAAAUCAACCAAUUAGACUGUUUGAUGGGUUCAUCUUAUUCCAUGGUACCACACAACAUCAGUUACACUCAAAACCUCAGUGAUCAAUCAUCUUUAUUUACCAUGGAAUCUAGGGGGUGUCCUGAUUUGGUUCUUAAACUUGAUGAAGGCGAAGAAGAUCUAUGCGAAGGGCUUAACUUGGACGAUGCGCCGUUAAACUUUGACGUUGGAGAUGAUAUCAUAGGAUGUUCAUCACAAGAACACAUAGAUUCGGACCAUAUGGUACCACCGAAAAGUCUCUUGAUCGACAAGAACAACACAUCGGUUACCGCCUCAAACUUUACUAUAGACAACGCUUUAGAGUCAAGUCCGUUGCAAAUGAACAUCAACAAUGGACUUCCUCUUCCUCUUCCUGCAUCACCUGUCUUGUUCGGACAAAUCCAUCCGACCAUGUCACUUACCAUCUCCAACAUCACAGGAGAAAGUAGUGCAGCGGAUUACCAAGAUUGUGGAAUGUCUCCAGGGUUUAUAAUGAGCGAUUCGCCAUGGGAAUCAAAUCUUGAAGUUAGUUGUCCACAAGCAAGAAACCAAGCUAAGUUGAGAUACAAGGAGAAGAAAUUAAAGCGCUCUUUUGGGAAACAGAUUCGAUAUGCAUCUCGCAAAGCUAGAGCUGACACGAGAAAACGAGUGAAAGGAAGAUUUGUGAAAGCUGGAGACAAUUAUGACUAUGACCCAUCAUCACCAACGGCGACCAACCAUUGA